AUGGGUGUGGCGGACGAUGAAUCUCGUUCCUCCGGCUCACUCAUCGGUUCUGCAUCUGCAAUCCCAGGCAGUACCUUGGCUGCAGAUGACAUCCACCCUCCGGCGCACAAACUCCUCACAGAUGUGCCAACUGCAGGUUUUACUGCUCUCGAAAACGAUGCUUUCAUUGAGGAAGAGGGACUGAAAGCUACAUCGAAGAAGAAGGCACCACCGAAACCCACCCCCGUUGUGAAAUUGAAACAUGCAAAGGCAAAGCGAUUCUCUCACAUAGUGAAAAUGAGGAUGACUCAUUCGAGGCCACCUUACCAAAGCAGCCAUUUGCCCGAGGACGAAGACUCUCGAUGCGACGGUGAAUUUGAAAUCAUUGCAAUGCCUGAAAUAACCAAGGUGCUUACUCUUACUCGUAUUCUACCAGAAGAUUCCUAUCAGCUCGCGCUCAUCCAGCGUGUCAACUCACAACCAAAUUCACCAUUCUCAAAUGGCCCUUCUUAUUUGCCAUUGGUGGGGUCUUCGCGAACAAUGCUUUCGCGGAUUGCACCACUCCACCCCAACCGAGGACCUCUCCACUACCAUUACCGAGACCUCCCUCCGCUGAAGAAGAGCAAGAAGCAAAUAGAGAUGGAGGAGCGUAUUGAGGAGGAGCUGAGACUUUUGAGGGGCGGUCGUGUAUGACUGAC